GUUGAGGUUCGUAAACAUGUUAACAUGACUCCGGCUGCAACCAGAGACGAAUCCAGAAAACAUUUUGUCAAAAUACAAAAAUAUUAAGAAAAAGUGACAUUGAAGGUAUUUGAUCCCAGAUUUGUGGGUUCAGAGACAAGCUUUCAAACCAAAAGAGCUAGUGUCAUUUAACAAUUACAGCUUGAAAAGUUCAAUUUACAUUUUUGUGGUGUCAAAUGACACCAUAGUUCUUAACAUGGGUCCGCCACUGGCCUGCAACCUCCUCCUAUAUCAGAUCUAAUCUUAAACCCAAACGAAGGAAGUUUAGGCUUGAAGCUAAAUAAUAUCUACAAAUUUUCUUUAUAUGGUUUUUGCAUACGUAUCUUUAGGUUUAGAGUUACUUUCGUGUAGUCUUAUAUUACUUUAGGUUUGGUUUACGUUCAUUUCAAUAUUAACGGUUACUUCAUUCAGUUAAACUGUACUAAAGAUCAUCUAUAUGAAAUAAAGGUGAUGGAAACUAAUGGCCGUAAUCACUUUGUGAUUUUGGUUCACUAUUAGUUUAAACAAUGAGAAAUCGGCCAAACAAACACUGAACUUUGAGGGAAUUGCCAAAAGAAACCUGGACAUAUGGGCUAGCCAAUAAAAUCCUGAACUUUUGUUGACUUUUCGGGUUUAUUAAAAAACUUACGAUUGACUGACCAGAUAAACACACCGUUAACCGAGUUAACUGUUAAUUAAGCGGACGUUAACUUUGGGUGUUAAAGUAUACGACGUCGUUUCAUCACUUUGUCUGAUUAAAGACAAACGACAUCGUUUAUAUAGCUGUGUUAUUAAAAAUAUGUGUUUCCAACGGCUCGAACUCGUGUCCUCGGGUUUGAUGGUAGGGGUUUUUGCCACUGAGCUAGUGGACUUUGCAAUGGAUAUACGAACACAAUUUCUUUUAUUCUUCGAAUCCGAGUUAAAGACAAAUUAAUGAAACGACGCGUUUUACAUUAACUUUUUUUAUUAAAAAGAUGGGGUUCCAACGACUCGAACUCUUGCACUCGGGUUUAAUGGUAGGGGUUUUUGCCACUGAGCUAGUGGACUUUGCAAUGGAUAUACGAACACAGUUUCUUUUAUUCUCUUUGAAUCCGAGUUAAAUGAAUCAAAAAGAAACGACGGCGUUUUCUCGUCCGAUUGGUAUAAACCCUAAAUGGGCGAAAUCAUAAAUCCAGUUCGCGAUUCAAGCUCGAUUCUCUUCGAUUUCGUCCUUAAGAAUCUCGAUUCUCAUCUCUCCUUCUUCGAGUAUCGCAUGAUGAGUUCGGGUUGUGAGGAUUCGUCUGUGAAUACGAUGGGAAUUCGUGGUAUCCCGGAGCAAUGCGGCUGUGGUCGAAGAACUGGGAUAUACACAUCAAAAACGAAGGUCAAUCCAGGAAGAACUUUCUUUAGAUGCCCAACGUUUCAAAAUGAUCACUUGUAUAAAUGGGUAGAUGAAGCUGUCUACGAAGAGGUUCAAGAUGCAUUGCCAAAAGUUGAAUGCUUUGCAUCAGAUGUUAUGAAAAUUAAAAUGGAGAUCGAAAGCAUGAAAACCGUGGAGGAAGACUUGAAAGAAGAUGUCAGGAAGGCGAGCAAUGAACUUAAGAAGCUGAAUGUGAUCAUGAAAGUGGGUUUUUCGGUGGUUUGUUUAGGCAUUGUGAUAUGUCUUGUGUUGAUCAUGUUUUACAAAGCAGAUGGGUUGUCUAUGAAUAGCUACUAGGAGACUGUUUAUGUAAGGCUAUGUUUAUGUAACAAUCAUGGUUCAUGUAAGGCUA